AAUUGACUACUAGUUGAAACAUGAUGUUGCUGUACAACUUGUUAAGAGCCAAUCAAGUGUUCACCGACGCCGAGAGGGGCCUUACUAUCCGCUUUCGAGACUAUUCGGAAAAUGGUGAAACUUUGUUUAUCAUGCAUUUCUGCUCAUGAAACACUUGCUCAACCAAUCAAACUUGUCGUCUUCGAUAUCAGCAUCUCAUUUACUAUGCACAUGGCUCUGCCUCUUUGUGACAGAUAAUAGAGAAAGCUACACAUUGCUAGCGAGAACCUCUCUCAUAGCCUAUAAAGUAGAUGAGAAAGGUGGACGCUGUCACAUAUCCACAUUCAUUCAUUCUACCUCACAUUCCAUAAAGAACAACAUAUAUUCAUCAAAAAGAACAAGACAAUGCUCCAUCCAAAGAAGCUUAUCAAAAUGGCAAAGAAGUGGCAGAGAAUGGCUGCCUUGAGAAGAAGAAGGAUUGCAAUGACAGGAAGAGUCGCAGGCAUCGACAGCGAGGCAUCUAGUACUGCUUCAGUUGCAGACAAGGGUCAUUGUGUUGUUUACAGUAUAGACGGGCAGCGAUUCAUGGUCCCGUUGGCGUAUCUUAGUAGCAGAAUCCUUGGAGAGCUCUUCAAGAUGUCGGAAGAGGAGUUCGGUUUACCAUGCGAUGGGCCUAUAACAUUGCCUUGUGAUGCAGCCUUCAUGGAGUAUGUUAUGUCUUUGCUUAGAAAAGGAGUUUCGGAGGAGGUGGAGAGGGCGAUUGUUAGCUCCUUAUUGAUUCCUCGCCACUGCGCUUGUUCCAUCCCGCUAGUAGAGUUCAACCAGCAAUUAGCUGUCUGCAGCUUCUAAAGGCCAAAAUUUUCUUUUCUUUUCUUUUACUUCCUCUUGGUUUGCGGAAAGCACCCUUGUUAUCUCCUGUGUAUGUAUGUCUUCACACAAUUCAUGGAAGUCACAAGUAGAUGUACAAAACAUUUC